AUGACUCUUGGCAUGCAUUUGGAAUAUGGAGAUAAUGGAAACGAAGUUGACCCUGAAAUGUUCACAGAGAUCAUCAAAUCCGUUUCAGGAACAUCCAAAACCAUUUCUUUCUGGGCUCUUCUCUAUCUUUCCCAGUUUCUUGAAGUUGUUCCAGAUCCAUAUUCUUUGGCUGAAGAAUUUCACCUCUUAGAACCGUUGGAACAGGCAGGAAUAGCACCACAUGCAGAGAUUAGAGCAGCUUCUUUGUUUGUAAUCACUUCAAUGAUCGAUUUCGAAAAAGAAACACCAGAAAAGAUAGAAAAACUAGUGAAACACUUAACAGAACUUUAUGUACAUGACGCAUCUAUGCUUGUUCGUAUGCAAUUGGCCAUUUUUGCUCAGAAAUUAUUAGAAAAUCAGGAAUUCUUCAGUAAAGAGUUCAGUGAAGCUUUCAAAGACGUAAUAAACCUUGUAUCCAUACUCUCACAAGAUCCAUAUCAAGAGAUUUCGGACUUUUCGACCUCAAUUUUAAGUUUAAUUUCGAAUUCUCCCGAAGGAGUUUCGAAUGUUGGCAUUUUAACAGCAUUGUUCAGUGGAGCCAUCACAGAUUUCCUGAAAGUCCAGUUCAACAGGCUUGAUAAAUACGGAUUUUCUCCAUCACAUGCUGCAUUUAUCCCUCCAGCACCUCAGCCAACAAUUAUCUCCCAAAUAGGCAGUAAUACAGAGCUAAAGUUUGUCGAAUUCGAUCAUUACAUCCACGAAAUACCUUUAGCAGCAGAUCCAAUUUUUAUUGAUCCGAAUCGAAUCUUAUUUGGGGACAUUGAUGGUUCAGUUCUUAUCAGGAACAUCCAAACCCACAAGAUAGAGCAGUAUCAUAUGUCAAAUACCUUCUUUUCCAAAAAUGCCAAAUCACAUCCUCUCAAAAAGAUCAUUCCUCUUGAAGAGACUUCCUGUUUGUUGAUUACUUCAUAUGGAGAUGUUUCCCUUGUCAAAGAUCUCAAUUCCAACUCUCCAAUGGUAAUUGACUGUUUUUCGGUUGUUCCUCCAUUUCUGAAUCCGAAAUCUUCUCCUUCUGUUGAGUAUUCUUACAUUGAUUACACAAUCUACUCAAGUUACGAACCAGGAAUCAUUUCUCCAUGGAAAUUUGACACUUGUUCUUUUUUAAACAAAAUAAAAGUUUGUGACGAAACGGAGUGGAUUAAUUGUAUAAAACCAUUGGAUUACUCAGCGAAUACACUAGCGAUAGGUACAGAAGAUUUCAGGAUGGUUGAUUUGAGGACACCUAAAACAAUAAAUGUUGUAGACACUCCUGCACCUCCUUUGAAAAUACUACAAUCAAAAUCGAAUAAUCACGAAUUUGUUGUGCAUAUGAAAGGAGGAGGAUUGUCUAGAAUUGACUUCAGAUCUCCACAGUUAGUUUCUAUUAUGGAAGUUGAAGGAGUCUCUGAUGUUUGGUCCUGUGAUUGGUAUCCUUUGUAUCUGAUAAAUUGCCAGAAUUUACAGUUGUACGAUUCAAACAGAAACUUUUAUCCUUUGCCUUCUUUGGUUUCGCCUAAUUUGAAGAAUGGAUUUGUUACUAAAGCUGCUUUCCACCCGUCUGAACAAUAG